AUGGCGAGCCUUAUCACCUUCCUGCAGCGAGCCAUGGUCAAGCACAAGCGGACUCACAUGCGGAACUUGAUUGCCAGUUUCAACCCCGAACAGCGCUGCAAAUCGCCGACAAUACUUGAACCAAACUUAAUUCUCAACCACAACUCAGAGAAGUCGUAUCUGGAAAUACAAGCCGGCCAGAAGGUGUCGAACGUGGUCACCGAGACCUGUGAGCCGGGGGCGAAAUGCAACCGGGACCAGCAGGGCUUCAAGGCGAUCUAUCUGCGCAACCUAGCGUACACCUAUCGGGAGGCGACGUCCGACCAAGUGAAGGGUGCGAUCAAGUCGACAAUCGAUGCGUCGGUUGCAGCCAUGGUCCAGUACUCAUGCGACGACGAUUGGUUCUGUAACGGCAACUGGACCGCCAAUGCCACCCCUGUCAAAUACGUCCGCUCCCAGCACGUUGCCGCAGCCCUGCUCAUCUCCGCCCUUGGCGUCCAUCUCAGCCCGGAAGGCGGUCUGUUGCCUAAGAUCACCCCCGGCCAGCUCACCGAUACCACUAACGGCGCCGCCGGUCUCGGCUCCGGUGGCACUAAAAACCCCGGCAAAGUCACUAGUAAACCCCUUGCUGCCGCCUCCGGACUCAAGGUCACCUUCUCCUCUAUCUUCCUCGGACUGUUCACGGUUGCAUUCUCUACAUCCAUCUUUGACCCGCUCACCUUCAUACCUUAA